GUAAGUGUUAUAGAGGAAUGGCCUGAAGCCAUGAUCAAAGAAGCCUAUGUUAAUUAAGUUGUUUGACAUUAUACUUUUCUACAAUUAUUACUGUUCCAACCUCCGAAGUAAAUAGACCUAAACUACAACUAGUCUUUAAUUCAUUGGAGUUGUGACAAUUGGCGACGAGAAGUUACUCAGGAGAAUCCAGAUCAACCUCGUUUGAAGAUGUCCAACCAGGAUUUGAAGGACGCAAUUCUCCGGCUCACCGAGCUGGUAGCAAGUCAGCAACAACAGAUAUCAUUGCUCAACCGGGCCGGUCAAGUCAACCAACCGGGAAGUGAGAGGAUUAUCGAAACGCUGGCCACGGGAAUUGAAGAUUUCUAUUACGAUCCUGACGGUGGAGUAUUUUUCGACGCUUGGUAUGCCCGUUACGAAGACGUUUUCAAGGUCGACGGCAAGAAUCUGGACGAUCCGGCGAAGGUGAGGCUACUCUUGAGGAAGAUUGGCACCAAGUUCCAUGAGCGGUACGUCAACAGUAUCCUGCCCAAGCAUCCUCGCGAUUUUGGCCUGGACGAAACGGUGAACAAACUCAAGAAACUCUACGGCCGACAGACCUCGCUCUUCAACGAUAGAUACCGCUGUCUCCAGUACAUCAAGAACGAUGCCGACGAUUUUUCAAGUUACGCUGCCUCCGUGAACAAGCACUGCGAAGCGUUCCAGCUGUCCAAGCUUUCGGAUGACCAGUUCAAGGCUCUUCGUUUUGUCUGCGGCCUACAGUCUUCACGGGAUGCAGACAUUCGGACACGUUUGAUCAGCAAGCUUGAAGCUGAAGAAACUGCUCCUCCGGCGGAAGGUACGAAGCUGACACUUGAAAACCUUGUCGAGGAGUGCCAUCGGUUCAACAAUUUGAAACAGGACACGAAAAUGAUCGAGAAACCCGUUCCGGAGAAAUCCAUCGUCAACGCCGUUUCAUCGAAGCUUGCGAAAAAGAAGAAACCAAAAUCUCCAUGCUGGCUAUGCGGUGACCUACACUUCGUGAAAGAAUGCUCCUAUCAAGACCAUUUUUGUGGCAAGUGCAAACGGAAGGGGCAUAAAGAGGGAUACUGCUCUACGGCGGAAACGAAAUCCAGACCUGGAAGAAAAUUCGACAAAUCGAAGACGAAAGAGUAUGUGAAGUCUAAAGGAAUUUCGGUGAAGCGUAUCGACCUCCAAGGAAAGAGGAAAUUCGUCACUCUUGGAAUCAACGGAAAUCAGGCGACGCUUCAACUGGAUUGUGCAUCGGAUAUCACGAUUAUCGCUACACCGACCUGGGAAGCAAUCGGGAAACCAGCUAUCGAAGCCUCGGAGAUCGCAGCUAUCAGCGCUUCCGGUGACAGAAUCAACAUCGUUGGCGAAUUCAAGGCCCAGCUUACCAUCAAGAAUUCAACAAACGAAGGUAUUGUCUACGUGUCAUCAAACCCAGAUUUGAAUGUCCUUGGAAUAGACACAAUCGAACUGUUCGAUUUGUGGGCUGUACCCUUCAAUUCGCUGGUGAACGCUGUCCAUCAAAAGCCGCAAGACACCGUUGAGAAACUCCGUUUGAAGUUCCCCGAAGUGUUCCAGAGCUCACUUGGUAAGUGCACAAAAGCAAAAGUGAAACUAUACCUGAAACCCGAUGCCCGUCCAGUGUACUGUCCAAAACGACCAGUCGCAUAUGCAGCACUUCCAAAGGUUGAUGCCGAACUCCAACGCCUUCAAGACAAGGGAAUAAUCUCUCCAGUGAAGUUUUCCGACUGGGCCACACCGAUAGUCGUGGUCCGGAAAUCUGACAACGUGUCCGUUCGAAUUUGUGGCGAUUACUCUACCGGACUGAACAAUGCGCUAGAAUCAGAUGGACACCCACUUCCGCACCCUGACGAUAUUUUCGCUGAUCUUGCAGGCUGCCGAUAUUUUUCCCAACUCGAUCUUUCGGAUGCGUACCUGCAAGUCGAGGUUGAGGAGGAAUCGCAAAAGUACCUGACCAUCAACACUCAUCGAGGACUGUUCAAAUACAACCGCUUGCCACCUGGAAUCAAGUCCGCCCCCGGUGCAUUUCAACGAAUCAUCGAUAGCAUGGUCGCCGGCAUUCCAGGAGUUAAACCGUAUCUGGAUGACAUCAUGAUUGCCGGUAGGACUAAGGAGGAACAUGACCAACGUCUCAAUGAUGUUCUGGAAAGGAUCAAGGCAUACGGAUUUCAUUUGAGGAUGGAUAAAUGUCGCUUUGGUCUCUCACAAAUCAAGUUCCUAGGACACAUCAUCGAUCAAGACGGCUUACGACCAGAUCCAGCGAAGACAAGUGCUAUUUCGCAGAUGCCAGCUCCCAAGAAUGUGUCGCAGCUUCGAUCAUAUCUUGGAGCCAUCAAUUAUUAUGGACGUUUCGUCAAGCAAAUGAAGGAUCUACGAGCACCCAUGGACUACUUGCUGAAGAAGAACGUUAAGUGGGAAUGGACGGAUAGCUGCCAGAAAUCGUUUGAGAAAUUCAAAACGCUGCUGAAAUCAGACCUGUUGCUGACCCAUUUUGACCCAAACAAGGACAUUAUUGUCGCAGGAGAUGCAUCAAAAGAUGGCGUAGGCGCAGUUAUUAUGCAUCGUUUUCCGAACGGAUCAGUGAAGGCUAUUUCGCAUGUUUCAAGAUCUCUCACCGCUGCAGAACAGAAUUACGGACAAAUUGAGAAAGAAGCCCUGGCUCUAGUGUUCGCUGUAACCCGCUUCCAUAAGAUGCUAUUCGGUCGGAAAUUUAUUUUGCAAACGGACCACAAACCGCUACUCAAGGUGUUUGGAAGCAAGAAAGGCAUUCCUGUAUACACUGCCAACCGACUUCAACGUUGGGCUUUAACACUGAUGCUGUACAACUUUGACAUCCAAUUUGUGAAAACUGAAGAAUUCGGACAUGCUGACUUGCUUUCAAGAUUGAUGAAGUGCCAUGAACGAGUCGACGAGGAGUAUGUCAUUGCUUCUAUACAGAUGGAAGCCGAUGUUCAAGCCGUUCUCAGUGAUUCCACAUCAAGUCUACCAGUGACGUCAGAAAUGAUCGCUGCUGAAAGCUCGAAGGAUUCCGCUCUGAAAUCAGUUAUGCUUCACAUAAACGAAGGUUGGCCCGAACAUUCCACGGAGAUUAGUGACGCAGCCGUCCAGCAGUUUUUCACUCGCCGGGACAGUCUUCAGAUCGUCCAAGGAUGCAUCAUGUUCGGAGAUCGAGUUGUUGUUCCUGUUCGUUUUCGGAAACGCAUUCUUCAGCAGCUACAUAGAGGUCACCCAGGAAUGGACCGGAUGAAGUCGCUUGCAAGAAGCUUCGUCUACUGGCCCAAGAUUGAUGAUGACAUCGAAGGACUUGUCCGGUGCUGCAGAUCAUGUGCUGAAGCUGCCAAGUCACCUCGCAAAACGGAUUUGGAAUCGUGGCCUGUUCCAUCGAAGCCGUGGGAGAGAGUGCACAUCGAUUAUGCUGGCCCGAUUGACGGUUUCUACUAUUUUCUGGUAAUCGACGCUUUCUCAAAAUGGCCGGAAAUUUUUCGUACACGAAGCACUACCACAUCAGCGACGCUGGACAUACUACAGGAAAUCUUUGCAAGAUUUGGUAAUCCAAGGACACUCGUUUCGGACAACGGAACGCAAUUUGUUAGCGCCCGUUUCAAGCAGUUUUGUGAUGAAAAUGGAAUAACGCACUUGACAAUUGCACCAUACCAUCCGCAGUCUAAUGGACAGGCUGAGCGCUUCGUAGACACUCUUAAGAGAGGACUCAAGAAGCUUCGAGAAGGAGGAAAAACCACGACGUUUCAGCAUCUUCAAACUUUACUGUCCGUCUACCGGUCGACCCCGAAUCGAAGCGCACCUAAUGGCAAGUCUCCUGCAGAGCUUUUCCUUGGAAGAACUGUCUCUACACCGUUAAAUUUGCUGAAGCCUAGGAGAACUACCUCCGUAGCCGUGAACGACAAGCAAAACAAACAGUUCAAUCGACGUCAUGGGACCGUGAAAAGAGAGUUUUCUGCUGACGAUCUGGUGUAUGCGCAGAUUCACCAUCGAAAUGUGACCACUUGGGUUCCUGGCAAGAUCAUUGAGAGGAAAGGUUCUGUGAACUACAAUGUACUUUUGGACAAUGGUCGUCUUAUCCGCUCUCACACCAACCAAUUGAGAGGACGUCAUCUGGAAACUCAUCUGGAAACUUCCUUCGAAGAUGUCGAUGCAGAUCAUCAGCUACCAUGGACAAUGCUGCUUGAAGAAUUCAAUAUUCCUAUCCCAUGUUCAAUCAACCGCAAUGAUCCAAUCGAUGAACAUCCGCAGAAUCCGGUGGAGGUUCAACAACCAACUGAAGAACUGCCACCUGAAGAUAUACAACCUGAAGAAAUGCUACCUCCGCUAAUUGAAGAAGAUGUUCCUGCAGACAAUGUUGAAGAUAAUGAACCCCAACCUACUAACAACCCGAUACGAAACCGAAGGCUUCCUUCGUGGCUCUCACCAUAUGAUCUUUUCUGAAGGGGGAGAUGUUAUAGAGGAAUGGCCUGAAGCCAUGAUCAAAGAAGCCUAUGUUAAUUAAGUUGUUUGACAUUAUACUUUUCUACAAUUAUUACUGUUCCAACCUCCGAAGUAAAUAGACCUAAACUACAACUAGUCUUUAAUUCAUUGGAGUUGUGACAGUA